CCGGAGGGCACGGACAUUCCUCUGCACCACUAAAUACGCUGUUAGAUUCAAACUUGUAAGGUCACGAGGACCUCGAGGGUCACGUGACUGCUUCCUCGGUUUCAUCCCGCCCGAGCGGCCUCGUGUCAGGAGUGUGCCUCUGCUCGGUUUGUGUGCACUGGAGCUGAGUGAAGAUGAAGCUGAUCUCUGAGCAGAGUGAUGGGGAUCCAGACUUCCAGCUCCUUAUGGCUGUGUAUGAUGAGAACAUCCUGAAGAACCCUUUCUACUUGGCGUUGGAGAAGCAGAGACCGGACCUCUGCAGCCGAGUGGCAGAGCUCCACGGCAUUGUUCUGGUGCCUUGUUGUGGAAGUUUGAGCGUCAGCAGCUCCUCAGACUCUCGGUUCGACAGCUACGUCCUGCAGCCUGUGGAGGAUGGAUACCGGACUGUGGAUGGAAAGGAGGUCAGGAUCCAGGACAGGCAGGUCCUGCUGGGAUCCGGCUUCCCGGCUCCGGCGUCCAUCCCCAUCCUGUUUGAGGAAACCUUCUACAACGACCAGGAGCAGAGCUACAGCAUGCUGUGCAUCUCCAGGCCCGUCGAGGUGGACCCGAGCCCGGAGGAGCUCGGCCCGCCGCCACCCUACUGUCUGAAGAGCCUGGAGGACGUCAGGGAGUUCCUGGGUCGCCACGCCCAGAAACUGGACAAAUUCAUCCAGGGCUUCUGUCAGACCUUCAAAGAGCAGGAGAGGAAGGGACUCCGACACCACAUCGACUCGGUGAACGGCCUUUACACUAAAUGUCUUCAGUGUCUGCUGAGAGACUCUCGCCUGAGACUUCUGGCGAAGCAGGAGCUUCAGAUGACUCUUCUCAAACAGGCAGUAGAGAUGUAUGUUCAUCAUGGUAUCCAUGAUUUAAUUUUUAACUUUGUGGGAACGCUGGAAGCCAGCCAGGACGCUGCCUUCAACAAAACCAGCAGGAGUCUGCAGGACCUGCAGCAGAAAGACCUGGGAGUCAAACCUGAGUUCAGUAUAAACUUGUCUCGGGCAAAGAGAGAGCUAAGUCAGCUCAACCAGCACACCUCCCCGCUCCUCAAACUGCUUUGCCUACGCAGAGUGGCCCUGACCGCCAUCCAGACCCCCAGACGCACCGUCAGUAUAGAGGCUGUUUGUGCGGACGACCUGCUGUCUGUCACACUCUAUCUGCUGGUGAAGACAGAAAUCCCCAACUG